GCACCAAAAGCAUUUUAACUAAAUAAUAUCUACUUUAUCAAAAAUAAAAAUAAAAUAAAAAACUCUUUGAGAAGCAUGAGACUGUUUCUUUUACUUUCUUUCAAUGUUCUCACGUUACUUGACGCAUAUAGUUUUACCGACGUAUCUGAUAGGCAAGCGUUGUUGGAGUUCAAGUCUCAAGUUUCUCAAGGCAAGAGAGAUGUCUUGUCCUCAUGGAAUAACUCACUCCAUGUGUGCAACUGGAAGGGGGUUACAUGCGGCCGCAAACAUAAGAGAGUUACUCAAUUGCACCUCUCAGGAUAACAAUUGGGCGGGGUGAUAUCACCAUCUAUUGUCUCUUUUGCAAGGUGUAUGAACUUGAGAAGUCAGGGCCAAGCCAACUUAUUUGAGCCUGUUGACGACAUUCCCCGUCUUGAAAGAGAGAACCGCCGUUUAGUCCGCCAAGCUAUGGAGAACAAUCCUCCUCCUGCUGCUGGUCAUAAUGGAAAUGAUCAGCACAAUGAAAACCAAGCUCCUCUCCAUCCUACAAGACAACCACGAGUCAUUGGAGCUUUUGAUCAACCAAACAUUCAUGGGAACCGCCAAGAAAUUAGAGCACCUGCUGUUGAGAACAAUAACUAUGAGAUCAAGUCAAGUCUUAUCAACAUGGUGCAGAGCUCAAAGUUUCAUGGUUUGCCUAUGGAAGACCCUCUUGACCACUUGGAUCAGUUUGAUAUGAUGUGUGGGACAGUAAAAAUCAAUGGUAUCUCUGAAGAUGCAUUCAAACUCCACCUCUUUCCGUUUUCUCUUGGAGAUAGAGCUAGGACUUGGGAGAAGAACCUACCAGUGGGAUCAGUAACCUCUUGGGAUCAAUGCAAGAGAGCUUUCCUUUCCAAGUUUUUCUCUACUACCAGAACAGCAAGGUUGAGGAAUGAAAUAUCAAGCUUUGCUCAAAAGGGAAAUGAGAGUUUUUGUGAAUCAUGGGAGAGAUUCAAGGGCUAUAAUAUGCAAUGUCCUCAUCAUGGUUUCUCCAAGGAGUCUCUUCUCAGCACAUUAUACAGAGGGGUGCUACCAAAGAUAAGGAUGUUGCUUGACACAGCAAGUAAUGGUAACUUUCUUGGCCAAGAUGUUGAUGUUGGUAUGACUUUGGUGGAGAAUCUUGCUCAAAGUGAUGGCAACUAUGGGGAGGAUUAUGAUCGAACUACAAGAGAUCAUUCUGAUAUGAAUGAGCAUCACUGCAAAGAGAUGAAAGCAUUGAAUGACAAGAUGGAUAAGAUGCUUCUUGCCACUCAAAAGCCAGUCCACUUUGUUACAGAGAGUGAUGUCUAUCAAGGGUAUCAGGAGGGAAUGGAAGCUUGUGUUGAGGGACAAGAAGAGGUCAACUAUGUGGGUGGACAAGGGUAUAACAAGUUCAAUCCCAAUUACCGCAACCACCCUAACCUCUCUUACCGCAGCACCAAUGUGGAGAACCCACAAGAUCAGUCUUAUCCACCACAAAAACCACCUGGUUUUCCUUCUCAACCCACCUAUCAACCAAAGUCUCAAGGGAAUUACCAGGCUAAACCUCAAAGCUAUUCCCAACCACAGCAGCAAAUGAAUGCACUACAUCCUCAAGGUCAAGCAGAUGACAUAACUGCUUUACUUAGACAAAUCCUUGAAGGACAAGGGAGAGGUGCCAUUGAACUUGCCACACAAAUGAAAGCCAUGCACAACAAAGUUGAGAAUGUAUAUGGUGAGUUAAAUUCCAAGAUUGAGAGGUUGCAAACACAAGUCCAGGGACAAGCUUCUUCCUCGUCAACAAGACAAAUGGGUUCUCUACCGGGAAAAUCAGAACCAAACCCAAAGGAGUUUUGCAAUGUCAUCUUCAAGGAAGAAGUGAACAGGGUUACUAGUAUGAGCUUCAAAAUAUCAAAAAUUGAUAGCCAUGCUGAUGAGAAUGAAAGGUCUAUUGAAGAGAUCUCUGCUCUCCUAUAUGGUUCUGCUCUUGAGAGUUUGGGGGUUGCUACAGUUGAGAAAUCUGAGAAAGGAUCAAGAGGUAAGGAGAUAGUUGCCAAGGAGGUUGAAAAGAAAGAUGAACCAAGUGUUGCUCUUCCUCUUUAUAGUCCUCCAAUUCCAUUUCCACAAAGGGUUCUUACAAAGGCAAAAAAGAAAGUGCUCUCAAGUUUCAAAGCUAAUAUGAACAGAGUUGGAGCACCUUUGCCUUGUGUGGAUAGCUUGUCUCAAGUUCCUAGCCAUAUAGAGUUCAUCAAAGCCAUUCUAGCAAACAGAGAGAAGUGGAAGAAAUCAUGGGAAUUUUUGAUUCACCAAGUGAACAACAACCAAGUCCAAAAACACUUUCCAAGCUUGAAGAUCCAGACAGAUUUACUAUACCUUGCUCACUUGGUGCUUUACAACUUGAUGAUGCCUUUUGUGAUUCAGGAGCAAGUGUUAAUGUGAUUUCUCUUUAGAUGGUAAAGAGUCUUAGGAUCAA